AUGCAAAGAGGUAGAGACAACAACAGCCGUGUCGCGAUGCAUCAGGCUUGCGCAUCGUGCAAGCAUCAGCGAAAGAGGUGCGCGGAGGAUUGCGUAUUGGCACCAUAUUUUCCGGCGGAGAGAAUGCAGGAGUUUCAAGCUGUCCAUAAGGUUUUUGGUGUUAGCAAUGUCAUUAAAUUAGUGAAAGAUGUCGAUAAAGAGAGACAAAGGGAGACGGCGGACUCGUUGGCGUGGGAGGCAUCUUGCAGACAAGAUGAUCCCGUUUUAGGUUGCUAUGGAAAGUUCAAGAAAAUACAGGAAGAACUUGAGCUGUACAAAAUGCAACCUCCAUUGCCAAACCAAAACAUAUUAAGGCAGCGACAAGCCGGCGCAGCGUAUAACAAACAGCCUCUGCUGCUUGCAUGGAAUGCUGCUCAUGGGAUAAAUAAUAGGGGGAACGGCAUUGGAGGAGGAUUGGCUAACAAUAACAUGGCAAAUUAUGGCCAUGACAAUUCGAGUUUGAUUUUUGAUUCAGUCCCACAUAGUUUUCCCUGGCAGUAUGUGCGCGGCCAAGACAAAUCAAACCCAGAAAGAGAUGCUACUUCUCUUCUUCUUCCAAUCCAUCCUUCGCCGCCGCCGCCGCCGCAGCAUCCCUUUUCGGUCAAUGGAUUUAAUCAACAACAACAAUAUUACCAUCCAGUGAUGAGAUAUGCAUGCGAGUGA